CGCGCGGUAUUAUCGUAUUUACAGAUUGCAAGUCUUAGGGGAUGUCGUUUAAACGGGAUGGGGAUGAUAGUAGCCAGCUGAACGUGCUGAAGAAGAGGAGAGUUGCAGAUCUGCUGGCCAGUUACAUCCCGGAGGAUGAGGCUUUGCUGCUCAAAAAUGGCAGCUACGCUUGCACCGUGUGCCAUCACCGGCCGGUCUUCAAUACCAUCGAUAUGCUGUCUGUGCACAGGACUGGGAAGAAGCACUUAGGAGGCCUGCAGCGGUAUUACGGCAAGAAGUUGGAACACAAGAAUGAGAUCCAGAAAAGGCGUCACUUUGAUUUUGUACGGGCAGAAGAUGCAGGAGAAAAGCCUCCACCAGGCCCUGCCCCUUUGCUGGUCCAGACCAAGAGGAUUACCCAGAAUGCUCUGCUGAAAUCCGCCCCAUAUAAUAGCUGCUGCUCUAACAAGAAGGUAGUAGCUAAUAGCAGGAACGUCUAUGAUCCCCAUUCUGGCCCGUCCACAACCACAGGCUUAAAUGUUCCUCUGGACACCCAACCUGGGCCCAGUCAACCUCAUACCUCCCUACAUUCUCCCCCUACUGGACCCUGCAGCAGCCCCACAGAUGAGAUCCCACCAAAUAAGAACAACAGUCGGCACAAGAAGAAGGGCGAGGAGAAGUUUAGGAAGGAAAUUGCAGACCCAGAACGGGAGAGGAAUAUGGAGCACUACCUGCAGCUGAAGAGCUCUGGGUGGAUACCUGACGGGACUGGCAAGUGGGUGAAGGAUGAGAAUGUUGAAUUUGACUCCGAUGAAGAGGAACCUCCAGCUUUGCCCCCCUCCUGACUGGCGGCUUCUCAGUAUGACCUGACAGUAGCAACUGGCGGCUUCUCAGUAUGACCUGACGGUAGCAAGAGUGCAGAUACAGCAUUAAUGGACUGGAAUACUAAAGUGAACUUACCUUUGCAAACAGGGAAUCCACAGAACUUCUUUAUAGUGGGGACUGUGGUUUGGUGGCACUUAUGGGCGGUUCGGCUUGGCACUGCCCUUUACGUUAGGGACAAAGUGAAAUUUGAAUUCUCCUACUUUUCUGCAUUACCACAAGCUGCCCAUUAGAGGGCGCUGCAGCUCAAGCAUCCAGUCUCGGAUUUGUUUUCAGUAAACCCUCGGCAUCUUUCUUUGCCCUGCAUGAAACUGAGACACCUUGUUACUAUAAAUGCCUUAAGGGCCA